GGUGCAUAUGCAGAGAUCCCUGGCAGCCAGCAUCCAUCUCCUCGCAGCCCUCGACCCUAAAACUCAUGUGGCAGCAGCUUAACCGGGGGCUAGACUUCAUCACGCUUCCCCACAACCCCCCACCCUCCUCCUCCUCCUCCCCCCCGACGCUACCUUGCCACCGCUACACCUCCCCUCCCCCCGCCACGCUUCUCCCCUCCCCUCACUCCGAAGGCAGCGAGAGAGAGAGGGUGAGCGCGAGUGAGAGGCUUUCCCAGAGCAGAGAAGCAGCAGCAGCAGGAGGAAGAGGAAGAGGAAGAGGAGAGAGGGAUGAUGAUGGAAGCCAGCUUUGACACUGAGGAGAGUUUUGACGAUCCCUCCUGUCUCGCCCCGCAGCCGCCUGGCUCCGUGUCGCCGGCCAAGAGGCAGAUCAAGGAGGUCAAGGAGACCAAGAUCACCAUCAACUGUGUGACCUUCCCUCUUGCCGGCGAAGGUCCGGAGCAGCAGCUGCUCAAACCCAACGAAUGGAGCUACUGCGACUACUUCUGGACCGACAAGAGAGACCCCCAGGGGACGACCUCGGUGGCGGGCUUCGAGGUUCUCCUGCAGAAGCAGCUGAAGGGCAAACAGAUGCAGAAGGAGAUGUCGGAGUUCAUCCACGAGAGGAUAAAGAUCGAGGAGGAAUAUGCCAAGAACCUGUCCAAGUUGUCUCUGAGCGCCCUGGCCGCGCAGGAGGAAGGGACGCUCGGAGAAGCCUGGACGCAGCUGAAGAGGAGUCUCCACGACGAGGCCGAGGUUCACCUCAAGUUCUCCAACAAGCUCCACUCGGAGGUGGAGAAACCUCUGCUGACCUUCAGAUGUGAAAACUUCAAGAAGGACCUGAAGAAGUACGACCAUGACAUCGCCGACCUGCGGAAGCAGCUGGCCAGUCGCUACGGCGGCGUGGAGAAGUCGCGUAAAGCCCUGGCAGACAGACAGAAGGAUCUGGAGGUGAAGACCCAGCAGCUGGAGAUCAAACUCAGCAACAAGACGGAGGAGGACAUCAAGAAGGCCCGGCGGAAAUCCACGCAAGCAGGAGACGACCUGAUGCGUUGCGUGGACCUGUACAACCAAACCCAGUCCAAGUGGUUCGAGGAGAUGGUCACCACCAGCAUGGAGCUGGAGAAACUGGAGGUGGAACGGAUCGAGUGGAUCCAGCAGCAUCUCCGUCAGUACACGACCCUGCGACACGAAACGGACAUGUUCAAUCAGAGCACGGCGGAGCCGGUGGACCGGCUGCUGCAGAACGUGGAUCCGGCCAAAGACAGGGAGCUGUGGGUGAAGGAGAACAACACCGGCGGGGUUCGACCCGUGGACAUGGACAUAUGAACCAUUCUGUACGACAGCAUUACACCACAGAAACACUUCUAACAAACACUGAUCCAGGGACAAGUGCAUGUUCAGACCGCAGACGUCUGCUCAUCCUCCUCUCCCCGACCGGAGUCACGGGAGGGAAACAGGAAACAGUAAGGCAUCGAAGUACCAGCAUGUUCCUUUUUAACCCCUCUCAUAAUCAACAUUAGCCAUUUAACAUACUCUGCUGUUUACCUGUUGUAAAGUUGAAGAAAAAAAUGAUAUAUAUAUAUAUAUAUAUGUAUAUUUUGCAUCGUGUAUUUUGCAUCGUUUUGCUUCAAUCAACACUUUUCCAGUUUGAGUAAACCAAACAACAACAACAACGAGGAAAAAAAAGGUCUUAUUAUUGAUAUUUCCCUUUAUUUUAGAUACAGAUAUUAACGCAUAUGGAGAUCUUUCAAUGAAUAUGAUAUAUUUUCAUAUUUUGCCAGUUCAUUUUAGUGGAAAUGCAUGUUUUUGUUUUUUUAUAUAUAUCUUUCUUUGGCCGUCUAUGGAGAACUGCACAAUCUGUGGAACCAUGAUGGUCGUGUUUCGUGUAGUCAUUGAAUUUUACACACGAUAUUCUGGAUCUGGAAAGUGAAACAAAUGCAACUUUUAGGCACUUUUCAAAAUUGACUUCAAGUGGAGAGCGUCAAUAUCCAGUAACAUCAACUGUUUAUACAGAAACACACACACACAAACAGCGUCUUGGUCCCGACAGGCGGUUGAUCAGAUUUAGGCCAGGGUCUUUUUGGGGAGCGGGGAUCAGUCCGGAGUAAAAAGGUGGUCCCACUGAAACACCUUUUAGUGCCUCACGGUUAUAUACCUGGAAUGUCCUUGAUUAUACUCUGCUCUGCAUCAGUGUACAUGUGUACAUACAAGGCUCGAUGUAUUUUGCUGUCAAAUGUUAAAGCAGCGACGAGGUGUUUGUACUGUACAAUGUUGUCCGUUUUAUUUUCGGUAAGUGUAAAGAGGAUAUCUUUAUGACAGUGUUGGAUUAAAAAAAAAAGUGGGAGGAGCGACGGCGUGCAGCAAAGAGCAACAAAAAAAAUUAGGGAGAAUACAUGGUCGUGAUUUUAGUUUUGUUUUAUAUAUAUGGAUCAAUCAGGUGGAGCAAAAGCCAGCUGACUCAUCCCAGUUGCACAAAUGCAGAUGAAAAACAUUGUAAUCAAAGACAUGCAUGUACAGUAUAUGUGUCCGUGUUUACAAGUAUGUGAGUGUGUCUGUCUUUGUCUUUACAUUUUUUUUUUUUGGUGGUCUAUCUGCCUUGGAUUAAUUUGGAUUAUUACCUUUCUGAAGCUGCUCUUUUUCAAUUUCUCAAAAGGGCAAAAGCCGAUUCGAAUAACAAAGAUUUAGAUCAUAAUCUUAAUCCAGCUGCCCGGCACAAGAGAAAAAAAAAGAAAAGAAAAAAAGCGUACCUGCCUUAUCACCGACACACUGAUCUUUUAUUUAUUUAUUAAAUUACGAGACUUUGGCUUCACAUAGCGUAUCUGUUGUAGAGGUUUUAACAAUGUGUGUGUGUGUGUGUCAAUGUUGUGCACUAAAUGUGACCAGUUGUUCUGUUUCGACUAAAUGUUCCUGACAAGAUUUCACGAUGAUGCUUGGCGGUUGAGUUUACCGCCCUCCUGUGGUGAGCAUUUUCAUGACGUGCGUUAAACCCCGGUGUUCCUGAUGUUUUGAGAAUGUUUGAUCAUAGGUGACCUCUGUCCAGACGUUGUACUGUGGAAUGCAGUGUCCAAAAUAAAUCUCCUCUCUGAGAA